AUGUCUCCCAAUCGAGCUUCACCUAUGCUAUACUUCAAUUUUAUCAUGGCACAGGUCCAGCACCACCUGCGCCUCUUGUCACUUUUGAUACCUCUCAUCGGUAUCAUAGCAGGAGCCCUCAAUUGGAACAGUGUUGCUAUCUUCACCCUCAACAUCGUCGCUGUGAUUCCGCUUGGAUUAUGGGUUAACCGAUCAGUCGAUUCGUUGACUGUAGGUGGCAGCCGAGUUGUCAAUGAACUGCUGAAAUCAACACUGGGAAAUUCGGUGGAAUUGAUGAUCGGAAUUAAUGCGAUCGCGCAAAAAAAAUCACACAUCUCCCAAUCUGUGAUACUUGGAAGUGUCCUGAGCAAUUUACUGCUGGUCCUCGGUGGCACCAUUUUCGUCUCAGGAUACGACCAAAAACGACUCCGAUUUGAUCGUACCCUCACAACAAUCCUCUCAUCCCUCAUGAUGGUCGUCUUCAUCCUCCUCGCCCUCCCAACCAUAAUGGAGGUCUUCCCAUCUGCCAAAGCCACCCCUGCAGACCACAUACUCUUAACGCAACGCAUAGCGGCCAUUAUACUCGUCAUCCUGCUCCUCACAUUCCUCAUUUUCCGCCUCGGCACCCAUGCGGCCAUGUUCGCUAGCACCCCAUUCAGCCAGCGAGCUCAAGCCCACGGCGGCCGGUCUCAGAUAAUCGAGGCCCAGAUUCCACAGCCGUAUUUUGGCAAGGCUUCAGCAUCUAUGAUUCUAGCAGCUGCAUCCGCGUCCGCGCUUGCGUGCACAUAUUACAUAGUAGGUUGUUUGGGUGGGGUUGCUUCAAUCACGGGUAUGAAUCAGUCUUUCCUUGCCGUGACAGUUGUUCCACUGGUCGGAAACUCGGUUAAGUACCGCCGCAUUGUGAUGGGGUCCCGGACUUACAAUCAGAUCGAGCUUGGAAUCAGGGCGGUUGUUAACAAUGUGUUGCGGGUUACGAUGCUUAUUGCUCCGCUACUGGUUCUCGUUGGUUGGGGUUUUGACCAGCCGCUUAUUCUGAGAUUUGAUGGGUUUGAGGCUACAAUGCUUUUGCUUAGUGUUGUGGUGAUGACCUAUCUUAUUUCUGAUGGGCGGAGCAAUUACUUCGAGGGGUUGAUGUUGAUUGGAACAUACAUGAUUAUCACGUUCUCGUUCUUUGUUAGGCCUGAGGUGCCGGCGAAUGUGAUUUACCUAGGUGGUUAG